AUGUCUUUGGAUAAUGCAAUUGAUGCUAGCAAUGCGGACGAAUCCACUGAUGCUUCUUUAGUCCCAGCAAAGUGGGGCACCUUUGUCCCAUACGGAUCGAUUGAAAACACGACUGAAAAAAUUCAUGGCGCUAAUUUUUCUUUUUUUACUAAUGGCCAUGAAAUCAAAUGUGCUCGUCGUAAUGGUUUUAUUGCUCCAGACGAAGAUUUCUACAAUUAUCAGUCUAUGCUUACGAAAUACACUUUGCAAAUUUUAUUACUUCAUAAAUUAAUGCUUUCAAAAAAUCUUAUUAGAGGUGAAAUGAUUAUUAUUUAUGGUGAAUUAUUCGGCGGAAAAUAUCCUCAUCCUGAUAUAACUAAAGAUGUUAAAGAAAAUUUAAACCCAAUUCACCCAAUACAAUCUGGUGUUUAUUAUUCACCAAAAACAGAAUUUAUAGCUUUCGAUUUAUUUGAUGGUGUAGAUUUAUUAGAUUUUGAUAUAAUGGAAGAAUUAUUAAAUGCUUCAGAUAUUCCUUAUUUAAAACCAUUAAUCAAAGAUAGUUACGAAAAUGUUAUUAAGUUUGAUCCAAAUUUUACUACUACUAUACCAAAAUUAUUUGGUUAUCCAACUCCAUUACCACCUCCCUUCAAUGAUAAUAUGGCUGAAGGAAUUGUAAUUAAACCAGUUAAGAAUAUCCGAACCUCUAAAAGACGUCGUGUUAUACUUAAGAUUAAAGCCCCAAAUUUUGAUGAACGCAAAAAGAAUCCAGAUAAAUUAAGUAAAAAAGUAAAAGUAACGUCAGUUGACAAAGUUAUGAUGGAUCUUAGCGAGUUUAUUAAUAUAAACAGAUUGAAUUCGGUAAUUUCAAAACAGAACGUUAAAGUUAAAAACGAUGAGAUGAAAAUGGUAGAAUUGUUAUAUGAAGACGCAAUGGAAGAUUUUAUGAAAGAUGAACAAUUGAAGACAAAAUUUUUGAAAUUGUCAGACAAUAAAAAGGAGAAGGUUAAAAUAAAUGGUAUUUCGAAGGCAAAUCAAAUUGUUAAUAAGCAUUUAAUGUCAUUGCACAAUGGUCAAUAG